AUUGGCAUAUAAACGCAAGUAAAGCCGGGAUAAUAUUAUUUUUCUUUAUCAAUUUACAAUAAAAUCCACAUAUUUGCUUCGCAAGAACAUGUUUCUAAUUUCCUCGGCAAUAAUAAAACCAUAAAGUACAUAAUCAUGGGUUUAAGGAAGAAAAAGAACAUAAUUACCUUGACAAUAUGUAUGGUAAUUAGUUUCAUACUUUAUCAACUAUAUUUCUUUCUAUCCAUUACCUCGGCUGCUAGUAGCGACAGAGUGAUUCCAGUUCACGUCGCAGAUAUAGAAAACAUAGUGCACGUGCGGGCAGAAUCUGAUAAAUACAUAAAUGACCAUGGAGUCAUUAAGGGUGUGCUUUAUUAUACGAUGCCGCAGUACAGGCCCGAUGCGAAGGAAGAGUUUAAAUGUUUGAAAUCAGAUCAGUAUAUUCCAUUUGAGCAAGUUAAUGAUGACUACUGUGACUGUGAAGAUUCCAGUGAUGAACCUAGUACUAAUGCCUGUGUAAAUGGUACAUUUUAUUGUGAUAGCCAGAGCAGUAACAAGAGGGUUGCUCCUAAUUUCGUCCCUUCCAGUAAAGUCAACGACGGAAUUUGCGACUGCUGUGAUGGCUCAGAUGAAUGGUUACAGGAAAAUGAUGUUAAAUUACUUAGUCAAGCAAAUAAAAGACAUUAUAGAUAUUAUGGAAGUAAAUGCCUUAAUCAAUGUUGAUUACUUUUUAACUAAUUAUAUUUAUGUAUAUUUUGUUUUUAACUAUGUACAACUGAAACCUCUUAUAUAUGUCAGCUAUUCCAAUAAUAUGACAAUUAGGGUUAGGUAUUUGAUUUUCAUAGAUACUAUUUGAGAUUUUUUUAGUUCUUGAUCAUAGUAUAAUAAUAUACUCCGCCUGGUACUGUCUUCAACAAGCCUACGUCAUCAUGCGACAGCGCUAUAUGAUAAUAUAUGAUAGCGCUAUAUAAAGUGGCAAUGUUAUUGUGACAUAGGCUUGUGUCACUCUGGGAAGAGAAGACCAUGUUUUAUUAGACUAUGGUUCUUGAUGUAACAGUAAAAGAACGAUGCAAAUUAUAAUAGUACUUGUACAUAAUGUAAACUAUACAUAGUCAUGCUAUGUUAAUAAAUUGUAUUUGGGUGAAUCAAUUUUUAACAUACUUUGUAAACAUGUUCCACUAAAUAUCAAAUUUUGGAAAUACUAAUAGAUUAUUUACCAUACUGCCUACAUGUUUGUCAAGUCUGACAACCAGGCCAACAAUUCAAGAAGUUUAAGCCUUUUUUUUCUAGCCUAUUUGAGUGUCCCACUGCUGGGCAAAGGCCUCUCCCCUUAAUUUCCAGUUUAAGCCCUGCAAAAGUAUUUUUUUUUCAAUGAAUAAUGGUAGAGUUAGGCCAAGAAAAGUCUGCAGCAAUUUUGAUAGCCCACAU